AUGUACGCGAAUAGAACCGGUGCGGCAAUAACGUCAGAGAUGCCACGACGGUCGCGUUACAUUUUGUUACAAUUUGUUUCGUAUUCUUUUGAAAACUGUGUAGCUGUUGACGCAGAAAGCCCAGGUUGUGUGUGCAAUUAUAACUGGGAUCCAGUCUGCGGAGCAGAUGGCAAAACCUAUGGAAAUAAGUGUGCCCUAGAUUGCGCUAAGGUUGCCCUGCUUUCAACAGGAGAAUGCCCGUGCAAAUGCCCCAAAAAUCUAGCACCAGUGUGCGGAAAUGAUGGUGUCACCUAUGAUAACGCAUGCCUUAUGAAGUGCAAGGGAGCGAGCUUCGCAAGUACAGGGCCCUGUUAGAUAUGACGUACUGGCAUUUCCUGUCAUGCAUUGUCAUGAAUAAAAU